AAAGUAAAUCAAUCCACUGCACACAUCAAUAAACAAUUAGUGAUCAAGUUUUUAAUGAAAAAACAUGGUCAAAUUUCGAUUAUUAUUCUUUUUAUUUUUUAUGAGUGUAAGUGCACAAAAGCAUCAAUUAGAAGCAGUAACAGAGCCUGUUGGACUUGGUGAAGGUUUACAUUGGGAUGCAGAUAAACAAUUAUUGUAUUUCGUUGAUAUCACCAACAGUAGAAUCAAUAAGUUCGAUCCUAAAACAUUAGAACAUACUUCAACUAAAGUAGAGGGCGAAGGAAAACCAGGUUUUGUAUUUCCCAUACAAGAUGAAGAAAAUAGAUAUGUAAUAGGAACUGGUCGAGAAAUUCGUGUUAUCGAAUGGGAUGGAAAACAAGACUCAAAUUUAACAUACACCGAAGUAAUUGCAAAAGCUGAUGCUGAAAAAGGCUCACGAUUUAACGAUGCCAAAGUAGAUAACAAUGGAAUCAUAUGGGCAGGGCUUAUGGGACCUGAACCAGUUCCAAAUAAAGUAAAACAUGUGAAUAGUAAAAUGUAUAGUUUUGAUAUUAGAACAAAAGAAUUUGUACCAAGAAUUGAAAAUAUUUAUAUAUCAAAUGGAUUAGCUUGGACUAGUGAUAAUAAAUAUAUGUAUUGGACUGAUACUGGUGAAAAUAAAAUCGAAGGAUUCGACUACGAUUUAAAAAGCGAAAAUAUAUUAUCCAAUAGAAAAACCAUUUUUGAUUUUAAUAAACACAAGGUGGAAGGAAAAACUGAUGGAAUUACAAUCGAUACGGACGGAAAUUUGUACUUAGCGUGUUACGGCGGUUAUCAGGUUGUUGUUAUCAAUCCCAAAUUAGAAAAAAUUAUUGAUACAAUUUCUGUACCGGCUAAAGAAGUAACAACCGUUACAUUUGGUGGUCCUAAUUUAAAUGAUUUAUACAUAGCAACAUCCCAGAAAGGAGCUGACGCUGAUAAUCUUAAGAAAUAUCCUAAAACUGGUGCUGUAUUCAGAAUUAAAAAUUAUCCAGCUCAAGGAUAUCCUGGUAAUCCUGUGCCAAAAUAUGAAAAAUAGGCUAUAUAUAUUCCAUUUACAUAAAAGUAUGUGUACCAAUUGUAAGGUGUAAAAGAUGCUUUUCAUCAGAGCUUUUUAUGAUCGCGGUGUGUAAAAAGUACAUGUACUUUUAUACCUAAAAAAAGGAACGUGUAUCCAAUAUUCCAUAUCCAAUAUUUGAUACACUAAAAGUAUUAUCUCAUUCUACAUUAUUUAUACCUCAGUAGUAAAAACUACCAUGUACUAUAUUACAAAAAACCUGUCUAAUGAAAAAUAAAAUUAU